AUGUCUGAGCUACGUCGGAGGAUCUUUGGCAUACGGAGUCCUGACAGCACGCCGUCGACUUCUCGAGAUGUCAGUCCUACACCACCACAGAAAGAUGGCGCAACGGGCGAAAGUUACAAGGUCAUACCGGCGACAAAGCUCGAUAAGCUGAGCAAGAAGAAGACAAAGGGCGUAAGGCGGCGGAACUUAUGGAUCUUUGCAUUGGGCGGCAUCUUCGGGAUCUUGGUGGCAGGCUUCUUUGCAAGCAGUAAUGGCGGGUUGGACAAGAUGGUGGAGCUGGCUGGUUUGCAGGAUAUGAAUCUAGACAGCCUACUCGAUGUGCUACCGGCUGGACUGAUCAAGGAUGUACGGGAUCUGCAGAAUAAUGAGAAAGCAGCGGUCUCCUACGACUCCUUCGCCAUUGGCUUGCAAGCUCGUGCGGAAGGCAUAGCGCAUAAAUAUCCGGUUAUCAUGAUACCCGGAGUGAUCUCAACCGGUCUUGAGUCUUGGGGCACCGAAGAGCAAUCUCGACAAUAUUUUCGGAAGCGAUUAUGGGGCUCCUGGAGUAUGAUGAGAGCUUUAGUCCUCGACAAGCCCAGCUGGAAGAAGCAUAUCAUGCUCGACAAAUAUACUGGUCUUGAUCCACCCGGUGUGAAACUCAGGGCCGCACAAGGCUUCGACGCAGCCGACUUCUUCAUUACUGGAUACUGGAUCUGGAACAAGAUCUUGGAGAACCUGGCGACCAUCGGUUACGAUCCCACGAAUGCCUUCACAGCAGCAUACGACUGGCGUUUGAGCUACAUGAACUUUGAAAAGCGCGAUCAGUACUUCUCGCGGCUCAAGAACCAUAUCGAGCUGGCUAAACAGGUUUCCGGGGUGAAAGUAGUGCUUCUGUCACACUCCAUGGGCUCUCAAGUGCUGUUCUACUUCUUCCACUGGAUCGAGGCAGAAGGUCAUGGCAAUGGUGGACCUAGCUGGGUGAACGACCAUAUCGAGUCCUGGAUAAACAUCUCCGGCUGCAUGCUCGGUGCCCUGAAGGAUCUGCCAGCCAUGCUCAGUGGCGAGAUGCGAGAUACUGCGCAACUUAGUGCUCUCGCUGUAUAUGGUCUCGAGAAGUUCUUGUCCCGUCAGGAGCGAGCGGAGAUAUUUCGACGCAUGCCUGGCAUCAGCAGUAUGCUACCAAUGGGUGGCGAGGCAGUUUGGGGCAAUCAUUCUUGGGCGCCCGACGACCCUCCUGGCAAGAACAUGACAUAUGGCAAUUUCAUCAACUUCCGAGAGGUCAACAAUUCUCGGACUACGCCUGGUAAUAUGACAGUAGCUCAGGCGCUGCCAUAUCUUUACGACCAUACCGAGCAAUGGUAUCGUGAUAAUGUACAGCAAGCGUACUCCCACGGCGUCGCAUACACGCGGAAGGUGAUCGAAGAUAACAACGCAAUCCCUGCCAAAUGGAUCAAUCCCCUCGAGACACGAUUGCCAUUGGCCCCGGAUAUGAAGAUAUAUUGCUUCUACGGUAUCGGCAAGCCUACUGAAAGAGCUUACUACUACCGCGAGGACGCAGGCGCACUCAACAAGAGCACAGUCAUGAUCGAUACCACGGUGAGCACUCCCGAUGGCUACGUUGACCGUGGCGUGAUCAUGGGCGAAGGCGACGGCACAGUCAAUUUGUUAAGCACGGGCUAUAUGUGCAACAAAGGCUGGAAGGUAAAGCGAUAUAAUCCUGCUGGGAUCAAGGUCACGACUUAUGAAAUGCCGCACGAGCCGGACAGGUUCAGCCCACGUGGUGGUCCAAAUACCGGUGACCACGUUGAUAUUCUUGGUCGCUCGUCGCUCAAUGAUCUCAUUCUACGAGUUGCUGGUGGUAAGGGACAUCUGAUUGAGGACACUAUUCACAGCAACAUCCUGGAAUAUGCGGAGAAGGUCAAGAUCUACGAAGAGGAAUCCGAGGAGGCAAAAGAAUCAUAG